AAUGGAGGAUUCGUGGAGAAGCGACAUUGCCUUGCUUAUUCAUGGUGCUUUUGAAGAAAUGUACAGAGAGUGUCGGCACACGGAUGUUGAUGUCAUUGUAGACGAUAGGACCUUCCGGUGUCAUAGAACGCUUCUUGCCGCAGUGUCUCCUUAUUUCGACGCCAUGUUUUCGUCUGGAAUGAAAGAAAGUAUUGACGGAGUAGUGACACUACAUGGAGUAUCCAAAGUAAACUUUGAGAGUAUUGUGAAAUUUAUUUACUCAGGAUCUAAAGUUGUAACAAAAUCUAAUGCAGAGGAGCUACUGAAAGCAAGUGCCCUUUUCCAAAUUAAACAACUGCACGCAAAAUGCGAACAGUUUUUAUUAGAAAACGUAAACAAUGAAAACUGUAUUGGGGCCUGGAAGUUAGCAAAAUCUCAUGAAUGUCCUAAAUUAUCAGAGAAAGCCUGGGGAAUUAUUAUGUACAAUUUUCAAGAUAUAUGUCGAUCUGAAGAUUUCCAGUGCCUUGAUAAAGACGACUUGAUAGAAAUAAUAACUCACGAAGACUUGCACAUAAGUAGCGAAGAGUUGGUCUGCGACUCUGUGUUUAGGUGGUUCGGAGCGGAUCCAGAGGGGAGGAAACAGGACACAAUCCAUCUUUUUGAAUACCUCCGACUUCCACUGCUCGGUUCUGAAUAUCUUCUUCAUGAAGUUGAACCGCUGGAUAUCGUGAACGAAAAUUCGCGUUGCAGAGAGAUCGUCAAAGAAGCUAUCCAGUACCAGAUGUUGCCUUCUAGAAGAUGGGACCUAAAUUCUCCUCGAGUGGCCUUCCGAAAGUAUGCCUCUGUUGAAGAUGUUCUCAUCGUCAUUGGGGGAUAUAAUGCAGUUGGAGAAAAGGUUGUCGAUAUGUUGGCAUAUAGCUUUCUCCAAGCAAAGUGGUUCUUUCUCACACCAAUACCGAUUCAACUUGGUCGAGAGUUUGCGUCUAUUGUCUAUGGUAACGAUAUAUUCGUUUCUGGAGGAUCCCAGAAACUCGACUGUCUGCUUCGGUACCGCGCAGAAAAUAAUGAUUGGUACAGAUGUACAUCGCCUGUUCAGGGCAGGAGAAGACAUGUAAUGGUGGCUGUCUGCGAAAGCAUAUUUGUCCUUGGAGGAUAUGACGACACAAUCAAAGACGAAAGCAAGCGUACUCUUUCUUCGGUGGAGGAAUAUCUUAUCAACGCGCGAACUUGGCGGAAAGCAGGUGACAUGGUACAUGCAGUCCGCUCUAUGUCGGCUGCCGUAUCCAAAGAGAAAAUAUACAUCUACGGCGGAAUCCUUUCGGAUGAUAAGGAUUCAGACCACAUUCAAUGCUUCGACACACGCCUUUCAACGAGCUCUGUUGUGUCUUUUCUGCCUUCUCCAUGUAAAUUAACAAAAACCGUGGUGUGUGAUAAGCACAUCUACAUUGUAUGCACGGAUGGCUCGAUUUUAGAAAUGUCUGACCAAGGGGAUGCCAAAUGUGUUCACACAAUGAAGUAUUUCAACAGACGACGAUUUGGCGCGCUUCACAGAAAAGGAGGAUUGUUAUUGGUCGGCGGUGAAAGCGGAAAUGCAAUCAGUCAAAAGAUAGUUUUCUUGAACCCCGACAAAAAUUGGACCGAGUACACGUACAGUACAACCAUGCCCGCGAGAGCUAACUUUGGAAGUCUUAUCAUUAUAUUGCAGAAGAAGUAUUUAACCCGAACAUUCAAAUCCGAUUAACUGAAUCAAAUUAAGAACGCAAUGCGUUCUGUACAAUUUAAUUACUAGUAAUGCAUUUUCGAUUUUUCUUAAGGAAUUGUUUAAUUUACAUAAAUUAAGUUAUCUCAUUUGAACAUAACAUUAAAUAUACCAUCAUGUA